UUUUUUUUUUCUUUUAUAUAUAUAUAUCUUUCCUGUGGUUUUUUAUAUUAUUAUUAAUUAUUAUCUACUUUUUUUUUGAACCCUAAUUCCUAUUGAUGACCAGUCCUCGUGGUAUUCUGUCAUCUUCAUAUCAUCAUAUUGGUGACGAAUAUACUGGAUUUAAAUUAGAAUCAGCUUCUUAUGAAAGUAACCGAACAGAUCUUAGUCUUGAUAGUCGUGAUAUUAUUGUAGCUGAUCAAUGGGUUGUCUUGGGAAAAAUUGGUGAAGGUUCUUUUGGAGAAGUAUUUGAAGCUCGUGAUAUCAAUACUGGUCGACAUUUUGCUAUUAAAAGGGAAACACUCAAGAUGAAACAUCCUCAAUUGAAAUUCGAAAAUAUUAUGUAUGAUGUAUUGGCUGGUGGAGUUGGUAUUCCUCAAUGUCAUUGGUAUGGGCAAUUCGAUGGUUUUGAUUGUAUUGUGAUGGAUUUAUUAGGACCUAAUCUAAGUCAAGUGCGUCAAAAUGUGUCUAUGAUGGAAUUAGAUAUUGCCAUUGAUUUGACUUGUCAGAUGCUCUCUAUAGUCGAACAUAUACACAAUCGUGGGGUUAUUGUAAGAGAUAUUAAACCUGACAACUUUUUAUUUCCUGCAUCUUGUCACUUGCCUGAACCGGAAAUGGUGGAAUCUUCUGAUGAAUUCUCUAUGCCUGUGACCACAUAUAAAAAGUCAACUUGUCGUCAAGUCUUUGAAGAACAAUGGGGUCUGAGCCGUCCAACUCUUUAUGCUGUUGAUUUUGGUUUGGCUUGUUAUUGGCGUGAUCCUGAUACUGGAAAACCUUAUCCUGAUACCAAGAAACAUACAAAAAGCAAAACUGGAACUGCACGUUACGCGUCAAUUAACGUCCAUAGAGGCAAAUCUCACAGUCGCCGAGAUGACGUUGAAAGUAUUGGUUAUAUCUUAUUGGAUUUACUUUUGGGUACAUUACCAUGGGCUGGGGUACAUGCAAAAACAUCAAAAGCUGGUUGGGAUCGUAUGCGACAACUCAAGGUGGAUACUUUUAUGAGUGAUCUCUGUGCUGGUUUGCCAGAGGGUAUUUUGCGUUUUGUUGAAUAUCCUCGAUCUCUUCGAUUCGCUGAUCAACCCGACUAUGAAAAGAUGCGACAAUUUCUUCAAGGCUCUCUUCCUGGUGGUCCUUACUCUGACUUAGUGAAAUCUCCUUUUGGUGGCAAAACAGAAUCUACCGAUAUUUAUGAUCAUGUGCAACACGAAGAAAAGCCUUAUCAAUAUCACAACAAGCAUCGAAAACAAGCUGAUGAACAUCAGGGUAUGUUUACAAUGGAUGACGAUGGCAACAACGACGUGAUUCAUCAACUAGCCAAUACGAAAUUAGUGGAUUCAACUCAACAACGACAACGAAAGAAUUCGACAACAUCUCAAUCAUCCUUGCAUAAACUUCUGAAGAGGAACAAAGCAAAAAAGGUGGGUUGGAAUACACACAAGCAUGCUCAAGUUCCUUGGAAUCCAAAGACAGAUUGGUCAACCGGUGGUGGCAAAGACGAACCUGGAACUUCUGCAUUAUCAAAAUCAUGGGGGGAUGACCAGCCACAGGAGGCUAUGUGGGGUGUGCCACCAAUAGACUCGGUUGUCAAUAAUGAAUGGAAUAUCAAAGUUAAAAAUGGAGAAAGCGGCAAUAUCAAUGAUGACUGGAAUACCAAAAUCGAUGUACAAGAUGAAGAGAAUGGAAACGGUAUCAACAGUGGAUGGCAUAGUGAAAACAAGUUACAAGAUCACAACAACAAAAUGAAUGAUAAAUCCAACAAAUGGGACGAAUCAGGCUUUGGAAACAAACAUCAUCAACGGAAUGACAAAUGGGACUCUGGAUGGCCACAACCGCUAUCUCCACAUAAAAAAGAUACCAUUACCAGCACAAAUGAUCCAUUGAAAUCUACUUGGCGAUCUCGGUAUAACGAUGGAACAACAAUUUCACAAAAUCAGCAACAGCAGAAUCAACAGCAUCAUCAAAAAAAGCGGUCUCCAUGGAAAAACGUAUCAAAUGAAGCCCCAAUGCAAUGGCAAGUGUCCUCAGCAAAGGAUAUACCACCAUCAAGACAAAGGCAUCACAGUCAACCUCAUCGACGAUAUCAACACCCAUCAUCUACAAAGAACACAAAUAGAUGCAACGAGAACUUGACAACUCAACAACAAAGAUUACAUCAGCAAACUUCGAAAUACAAUAACAACAACAAAAAGGAAAAUAACAAUCAAGAGGAAGUAAUGAUAGAUGGAUGGCGGAGGAAACCCAACUCAUUGGAUUGGUAUCAAAAAGGACAACGAUCUGAUGAAUAAAAUCUUAACUCUCUUGGACGUGAUGGACUAGUAAUUGAAUUGGACAAAUAAUACAAGAACAGAUACCCCCCUCUCUAGGAUUUUAAAUCAUCUUUAUUAUAUAUUUCUCAUAUUUUUAGUUAGUUAGUUUUUACAGUAAUCAUAAUCAUGAUGAUAAUGAUUAUAUUAGCAUCUCUGUAUUCAUAUCAUUUUUUUUAUCUUUGUAUUCCUUUUUUUUCCUUUUCUUUUCUUU